CUUUCAUUUUCAUUCGUUGUCAACUCGUUGUUGCUGCCUUCUAGCAUCAAAUUGAUUCGCACAGACUCUCUGGUUCCUAUUUAAAAUGUUACCUCACAUUCUCUCAAUCGUUCUCGCAAUCGUGGCUUGUGCCGUAGCCAAGCCGUCUGGAAUUGUACCCAUCCUUGGUCCUGGACCGAUUGUGACCGCUCACAGCCAUCAGUUUGUAGCAAGGACCUAUAAUGGAAUUGUCACACCAACAGUCUCCUUGCUGCCACCACUCGCUGCAACACCAGCUUUACCGGCCCCUCGCUUCUACCCAUCGUAUUUGCCAACAUAUCCAACAGGAUACUAUCCCUACAAUCCGGUGUACAGGUACGGAUUCAACAAUUAUCCUUGGGGUGCGUACGGACCAACCUAUGUCCGAUAUCCUCUCAACCCAUAUUGGUGAUGAACGUGUGUAAGUUCAACGUAAGUCGUUAUAGGUUAAGUUCCCAGUUCUUAAAACAAAACCUACCAUAGAGUAGAACAAGGCAAAAAAAUUUGUCAAAAUGUGAAAUUAAAGUGACGUUAAACAAACAGUUAUUGGAGUUUUCU